AUGAAAACAUGGCUUGGCAUGGCAGGCAUGAGCACAUGGCAUGGCAGGCAUGACUGCAUGGCAUGGCACGACGAGGCAGAUGUGGCAACAUGGCACGAUGAGGCAGAUGUGGAAACAUGGCACUUCGAGACAGACGUGGCAAGAUGGCAUGAUGAUGUAGACGUGACGGCCGAAGCUUCAGGUGCUGGCUCUGGGACUGCAGAGGUUUCAGGCACUGGCUCUUGGACGGACGAGGCUUCAGGCGCUGACUCUCUGUCCGUGGCAGUCGUAGGCGGUGGCUCUGGGACGGCCGAGGCUUCGUGCGGUGGCUCUGGGAUGGCUGAGGUUUCAGGCUUUGGCUCUGGAACGGCCGAGGCUUCGUGCGGUGGCUCUGGGAUAGCCGAGGCUUCAUGCGGUGGCUCUGGGACGACAGAGGCUUCAGGUUCUGGCUCUUUGUCCAUGGCAGAUGUGGGCGCUGGCUCAGGAUCUUUGGUGGCCAUGAUGGUGGAUUGCUGUGACAUGGGAGCAACUGUAGGAGUGCAGAGUUCCUCAUCAGCCACAACUAAAUUGAAAGAUGAACUGCUCAAUCGUAGGGGUCAGGGGGCCAGGGGGAUAUUGGUGGUCCUCUAUGUGGCGCUAGAUCUCAUGUCAACCCACUCAUCCAUGGUGCUGGGCACAUUGCAGCUGCAAUUGGACGAAGAGCAGCCAGCAGGUACUGUGGUAGGUGACAUCAGUGCUGGCCUGCCACCUGGAAUGACUGCAUCCCACUACUUCAUCUCAGAUCAUCAGGGUACAGGUGUUGGUACAGAUCUGGACAUCGACGAGAGUACGGGCAUCAUAAAAACUGCAAAGGUGUUGGACCGGGAAGAGCGGGACCGUUACAGCUUCAUAGCUGUCACUAUGACAGGUAUAACCGUUGAAGUCACCAUUUUAGUUAAUGACAUCAAUGAUCAUGCACCAAUGUUCCCCAGAAAAAGAACCACUUUUAAAAUCCCUGAACAGACAACCAUUGGCACUAAAUUUCCUCUUGAGCCUGCUGUGGAUGCAGACGAAGACCAGCUAACUACGCAAGGCUACAUUAUAACAGAUGGAAAUGUAGGACAUACUUUUCUUCUUGAAACCAAAAGAGGAUCCAACAAAGUCCUUUACUUGGAUUUGGUGGUCAAUGUGGUUUUAGACAGGGAGACACGAUCAGCAUAUACUCUGCUCUUGGAAGCAUUUGAUGGUGGUUCACCCAAGCGGACAGGACAGAUGAUCCUGGACGUGACUGUACAGGACAUCAACGACAAUGCCCCUGUCUUUAACCAAAGUCGUUACCAUGCAAUGAUCUCCGAGAACCUUCAACCCAGGAACAAUAUACUGCAGGUUUUUGCUUCAGAUGCUGAUGAGGGUAGCAAUGGCUUGGUGAUCUAUGACAUCAAUCGAAGACAGAGUGACCCUGAUUAUUACUUUGUCAUUGACUCUCACACUGGAGUUAUCACUCUUAACAAGCCUUUGGAUUAUGAGAUGAGAAGAGUACAUGAACUUGUGGUGCAAGCACGGGACAAUGCCACUCAGCCAGAAGUCACCAAUGCCUUUGUGACUAUCCAAGUGCGAGACUACAAUGACAACCAGCCCACCAUGACCAUAAUCUUCCUCAGUGAAGAUGGUUCUCCACGCAUAUCUGAAGGAGCACAGCCUGGCCAGUAUGUGGCUAGGAUUUCAGUCACAGACCCUGAUUAUGGCGAAUACGCCAAUGUCAGUGUAUCUUUGGAGGGUGGUGAUGGAAAGUUUGCUUUGACCACCAAAGACAACAUCAUCUAUCUCAUCUGCGUUGACGAAAUCCUUGAUCGUGAGGAGCAGGACCACUAUGAACUCAUAGUCAAGGCCACAGAUUCUGGUACCCCUCCUUUACGGGCAGAGUCCUUGUUCACCAUUCAGGUCACAGAUGUCAAUGAUAACCCCCCUAUAUUCGAUCAGCAGGAGUACACAAAGGUCAUUCCAGAGGUGGCUUUUCCAGGUAAUUUUCUACUGCAGGUAACGGCACGGGACAAAGACCAGGGCGCUAAUGGGGAUGUUCAAUACAACAUUCUAAAGAAUCAAGGAACUCAUUCAGACUGGUUCAGUGUUGACGCAGUCACUGGGAUAAUCACUACCCUGACCCAACUAGAUUACGAGACAGACCCUAUGCCAAUUAUAACUGUGGUAGCCACUGACCGGGGUCGACCAUCAUUGUCCUCUACAGCUGUGGUCAAAGUUAUCUUACAGGAUGUAAAUGACAAUGAACCUGUUUUUGGGAGCAAUUUCUACAAUGCAUCCAUCAAGGAGAAUGUUGCAGUAGGGACCUGCUUUAUGGAGGUGGCAGCCACAGAUGCAGAUAGUGGGUCUUUUGGCUCCAUCUCCUACUCUUUGGGCUCUGGUCCAGGCAGUGUGAACCCGUCCCAGUUCAGCAUUGGCAAAGACAAUGGCCAGAUCUGCACUACCACCAGCUUGGAUCGAGAUCAAGGUCCAGCCAGCUACAACUUCACCAUCACAGCUGUGGAUGGGGGAGGGCUGAGUUCAAUGACCUACGUGCAUGUGGACCUGAUAGACAUAAAUGACAAUCGCCCAGCAUUCUACCCUCUGAGCUAUGCAGUCAGUCUGAGCACACAGAGCACCCCAGGAACCUCUGUCCUGAGGGUGAUCGCUCAAGACCCAGACGUGGGAGAGAACGGCAGGGUGUCAUACCGCACAGUGCCUGGAGGGAGCUCACCUUUCUUCACCCUCAACAAAGAUACUGGAGUGAUUUCACUGUCACGUGCGCUACAUGGAAAGGCAAACACCAUCAUUGCAAUGGUGGUCUCAGCUCAAGAUGGUGGGGGUCUUACCGCUCCAGUCAAUGCCAGAGUCAACAUCAGCAUAGUGACGGGGCUGGUAGCGCCCCCUGUGUUUGAACAAGCUCAAUACUUCUUUGUGGUCUCUGAGGAUGCCCUGCGUGGAACUCAAGUUGGCAUGGUUCGAGCAAGUACUAAGAAUGGUGUCUCAAAGGAUAUUUCCUACACCAUUAGCUCUGGUGACCCAACAGGCUACUUCACAGUGGAUUCUGAGACUGGGGCUUUGAGAACAAGCUUGCCUCUGGACUACGAGGCCCAGCCCAGCUUGAAUCUUGAGGUUCAGGCACACUGGGGUAACCCACCAGCCUUUGGCCAGACUCGAGUACACAUUACCGUGGCCGACAUCAACGAUAAUGCACCUGUCUUCUUGCCGUCUUCCUCAGAAUCGCUGAUUCUUCCGGAAGAUACCAGGAUGGGUACAGUGGUUUACAAGGUCCAAGCAGAAGACCAUGACUCUGGGCCAAAUGGCCUUCUAUGUUUUGAUCUGAUUACAAGCAGUGCCCAUAGAACCUUCAGCAUUGAUCACAACAGCGGUCAUAUCCAUCUGAUUGGCAGUUUGUCAUAUGAAAUCAUGCCCCGCUAUGACCUAAUGGUUAUUGCCAAAGACAGUGGAGCUCCUCAACUGAGUUCCGUCUUCACCCUGGUCAUCCAUGUGCAAGCUGAGAACAGCCAAGGUCCUGUGUUUGAUAGCCUCACAUACCGAGUAGAGCUGAAGGAGAGCACACCCGUAAACACACGCUUCUUGCAAGUGCGAGCUGUAAACCGAGAUGGUGGCAUCACCACUGGAGCGUCUUCAACGUCUUCCACCCUACUAGCCUACCACUUACACCCAGACAGUGAUGCUGCAGGAUUUGGCAUUGUGUCUGAUAGUGGCUGGUUGUUUGUGAAGAGCACCCUGGACAGAGAAGCAAAGGAGAUAUAUUUGCUUACAGUGCUGGCCACGUCAGGCAAUAGGCAGUUGAAGAAGACAGGUAGUGCCACAGUGCGUGUGUCAGUAAUGGAUGAAAAUGACAACUCUCCACGGUUUACCCAGGAGAGAGCAUUCCUGGCUGUGCGUGAGAACUUGCCGGCAGGGACUGGAUUUGGUCGGGUGUCUGCUAGUGAUCGGGAUGCAGGUCUCAAUGGUCGACUAAACUAUCGCCUGCUCCAUCUAGAUCACCACUUCCAGAUCAACUCCCACACAGGUGAGAUAAGCACAAGACUUUCUCUUGACCGUGAGCUUCAGUCCAGCUACCAGAUCAUCGUGGUGGGACAGGAUGGUGGAACUCCCCCACACAGUGCUACAAGCACUGCUUUCAUCUCAGUUCUGGAUGAGAAUGACAAUACCCCCUCCUUCACUCACGCUCAGGCAGGAAGAGAGCUCUUGCUGCAGGUGUUGGAAGGUCAGCCUUCUGGAUAUCUACUGGGUACUAUUUAUGCAAGAGAUCCUGAUGAGGGGGAAAAUGGAACUAUAUUCUACUCUAUGUCAGGUUCCAGAGCAGAAAGUUUUUCUCUUAACCCAAACACAGGAGAGCUGCGGUGCUCCUCCCCUUUGAGCCACUCUGAGCGACCUGAGUACAGUUUCACUAUUCUGGCCUCCGAUCGUGGUUCACCCCCUCAGAGCUCCACCAUAGCUCUGAAAAUACAGGUUCUCAGUUCAAGCAAAGGGUCGUCUAACUCCCGGUUGUUAACGUUGAAUUCUGUGGAGGGGGCUAAACCUGGUUCCAUUGUUGGAUCUGUGCGAUCACCUGAUUCUCAGACCCUUCCUGAAGAGGGCCUGGUCACGUAUACCAUAGUUGGAGGCACAGACUGUGAUGGAACCUUUGUGGUAGACCGCCAGACAGGUGACGUUUACCUGGCCCAGGAGCUUGACUUCGAAAAAGCUCCUCAAUACACCCUUCAGGUUGAAGUGGAUGAAAUUUCCAUGCCCCUGCCUAAAAGUCAUUUUGUUACAUUGGUAAUUGAUGUCCAGGACAGCAACGAUCAUGCUCCCCAGUUUCCCGAAGACCCCAUCACCAUUGUCGUACCUGAGAACACAGAACCUGGGUCCUCUGUCUACACCUUCCAGGCUAUUGAUAAAGAUGGAAGUGGACCCAAUAGCGAAGUUCACUAUUCAGUCCUUCAACAAUGGCCAAACAGUCCCGACAUUCUGUUCCUGGAUCCUACUACAGGAUUUCUGUCUUUGGGGAAGAUGUUAGACCAUGAAAGAACCUCCUCCCUUCUCUUGGUGGUUCAGGCGACCGAUUCAGCCCCUGAUGUCAGCCAACGAAGGCGUGGAACGGUCACUGCCCGCAUCUUUGUUACUGAUGUGAAUGACAACGAGCCUGUUUUCAUCUCACCAUCUGUAGUGAGUGUGAUGGAAGACCAACCUGUGGGCUUUGUCAUGGUCUACGUCAUGGCUGUUGAUGCUGACCAGGGUGAGAACGGGCGAGUUUUGUACCGCAUCCAAAGUGGCAAUACAGGGGGAAAGUUCAGCCUCAACCCUGAAACAGGAUCUUUGUCUAUUCUUAAACCAAUUGACCGUGAGGUGCAAGACCUGUACAACCUGACCAUAGUGGCAGAGGACCAUGGUGUACAACAGCACUCCAGCACCCAGUUACUGUCAAUCCAGGUGAUUGACAUAAAUGAUGAGGCACCGUACUUCGAGGAAAGUGAAUAUGAAGCUUUUAUAGCUGAAAAUCAGCCUGCAGGAACCACUGUGCUUGUGGUUUCAGCUUCAGACUUAGAUCAAGGAACAAACGGAAUUGUGACAUACGGAAGAAUUGUAGGAGAUGAGUUCAGCAUCCAUCCAGUGACAGGAGUCAUAACAACCACCAAAGCUUUGGACAGGGAGACCCAAGGGUUUUAUACUGUUACAGUUUAUGCCAGGGAUGGUGGUUCUCCACCCAAUUUCACUAAGACCAGAGUGCAUGUCACAGUGCUGGAUGAGAAUGACAAUAGACCAGUCUUUGGGAGAGUGUACUACAGCUUGGAUGUGCCUGAGAACCAAGAGCCUGUGACUAUCUUCACAAUCAAAGCCACAGAUCAUGACUCCGGGGACAGUGGGGUGGUGCACUACAAAAUCACUGAGGGAGACCAUUUUGGUGAUUUCCACUUGGACAGGAAAUCAGGUGUGCUGUCCACUUCUAGGCUUUUGGACCGAGAAUCCAAAUCAAGAUACACUCUCACUGUGGAGGCACAAGAUAAGGGUACGCCAUCCCUCACCAGCACUGUGACUUUGGAUAUCAAUGUCUUGGACAUGAAUGACAACAGCCCAGUGUUCCCUAGCAGCAGCUACUCUGUGGAGGUUUUAGAAGAUGCCCCAGAUGGUUCUUUUGUUCUGGAUGUUUCUGCCUCAGAUCAGGAUAUAGGGUCCAACAGCCAGUUGGUCUACAUCCUGAGCCCCGAGUCCAGGGGUAUGUUCAUUGUGGACCAACACACUGGUCACAUCAUAACAGCAGCAGCUCUUGACAGAGAAAAGGUGGCCACCUACAGCUUCCAUGUCUACGCUAUGGACUCCUCAGCCUCCAAUCCCCAUAACACAUCUGCUCAGGUGACUGUCCACAUCUUAGACAUAAACGACAAUGCCCCCUACUUCAUCAUGGACCCGCUCAUCAUAAAUGUCUCCAGCACUAGUAUUUCCAACCACAAAGUUUUGGCCACUAUGAGAGCUGAAGAUAAAGACUUUAGUGCAAAUGGAUCUGUAUUUUAUCGGUUCGCUAGCCCAGUCAAAGGCUUCACCAUAAACUCUUUGACAGGGGCCAUCCAAGCCACUGAGAAGCUCCAUGCACUGACUCAAAGCCAGCGGACUCUUAUUGUGGAGGCCAUGGAUCAGGGUAACCCAUCACAGUCCUCUCUGGGAGUGGUGGUCGUGUACAUCAGAGAGCAGAGUUACCAGGGCAUCCGCUUCUCUCGCAACGCUAGAGAUGUCAAUCUGCAGGAGAACGCUACCAAAGGUACAGCAGUAGUUCAAAUAAAAGCUUGUUAUCCUGAUGGCUCUAGCAGUGGUAUCAACUACAGCAUUUUCAGUGGUAACAAGCAGAAGUCCUUUAGCAUCAGCCCCCACACAGGUGAGAUUUGGGUUGAGAGCUCCGCAGGUCUGGACUUUGAGGAGACCCCUCGACUCCGCCUGGUGGUCAAGGCAGAAACCGCAUCUUCCAGCUCUUUCAUGGCAGUCAACCUUCUGCUGCAGGAUGUCAAUGACAACUUACCACGUUUUCAGCUUCACAACUAUGUUGCUUUUGUUCGCGAGGCCCAGGGCUAUGAUCACCCUAUCAUUCAGGUGCUGGCAGAUGACCUGGACCAGGGUCAGAAUGGGCAGGUGACCUACUCCAUAAGGACAUCAUCCAUGAGCAGCCUCUUUAAGAUAGACCCUGUUACAGGCAGUAUAUCCACUGCUGCCAUCAUGGACAGAGAGAUCUGGACACAAACCAAUCUGGUUAUUAUGGCAACGGACAGAGGCACUCCUCGGUUAGCAGGUUCUGCCACUCUCACUGUGAUCAUCAUAGACCUGAAUGACAAUAGUCCCACAAUCCCUGCUCCACGUGAGGUGCGGGUCCCUGAGAAUACCUUGAUUGGCACUGUGAUCACUUGGGUCACAGGGAAUGAUGUGGACUCUGGUCCUGCUCUGUCCUACUCUCUUUUUCUGGACUCUGACUCUCAAGGGAAGUUUGGAAUACACCGUUAUGGAGGAGGAAUAUCCUUGACCUCCAUUCUGGACUUUGAAGAGAGAACAUGGUACACACUGACCGUCAGCUCUUCAGACUCCAAGCAGCAGACUCAGGCAAAUCUGACUGUGCUUGUGGAAGAUGUGAAUGAUAAUGCUCCAGUCUUCUCCCAGGACCUUUACGAGGUGACUCUAGCAGAGCUCUCACCAGCAGGAAGCUCAGUUGUCACAGUAACUGCUACAGAUAAGGACUCUGGAGAGAACGGAAGGAUAACAUACAGGGUUGUGUCAACAAAAGACAUGUUCUACAUUGACUCAAGUAAUGGCACUCUCUUCAUCAAGCAAAAAGUUUAUUUUGACUUAGAGCACCCUUUGACUUUGGUGGUGAUUGAAGCUAGCGAUAGGGGAACUCCUCCGAUGACGGCUCUUACCACUGUUCAGGUUCAUGUGUCUGAUGUCAAUGACAAUGCCCCUGUAUUCCACCAGACUGAGUACAGAGCCUCUGUGUCUGAAGAUGAAGUUCCUGGUUCUACAAUUUUAACACUGGAAGCAGUGGACAGGGACUUAUUUAGAGAUAACAGUGGCUUUGAUUUUGUCAUUGCCAGUGGAAACAUCGGCAAUACCUUCCAAAUGGAAAGUAGCGUGCACUUUUUUGAAGGCCAUGGAUUUCAGACUGUCGGAACGCUGAUCUUAGUUGAUAAGCUUGACUUUGAGAUUGUCAAUUUCUACAAUCUUACUAUUGUGGUCUCAGACCGUGGAAUCCCACAGCAAAGCUCUAGUGUCCCAGUGCUGAUCAGUGUAACAGACACCAAUGAUAACCCACCAGCCUUCAGCAAGGUGGAGUACAACAUUGUCGUCAAUGAGGGGGCAGAAACCGGAACAGAGAUACUUCAACUUUCGGCUCUAGAUCCUGACUUAACACCUAACAGAGAUGUUCAGUAUUCGAUCAGUUCUGGGGAUGAAUCUGAACUUUUUUCCGUAGAUCGAUGGACUGGGUCCCUUUGUCUACAGAGAUCUCUAGAUAGUGAGCGACAGUCCUCUCACAUGCUCAUCAUCCAGGCCUCGGAUGGUCAGGGCCACUUUGCCCUUGCCCCUGUAACUAUAAAGGUCAAGAACAUAAAUAAUAACUGGCCUUACUUCCCUCUCAAAACACUAACAGCAAGUAUUCGUGAAAACCAGCCUCAAAAUGCUCUAGUAACCAUACUGCAUGCCAUCGAUCAUGACAAAGGAGAGUAUGGGGAGCUGAGAUAUUUUCUAAUGUACAAUUCAGGCAAUGGUAAAGAUUCCUUCCUAGUUAACCAAACCUCUGGUGAGGUACGAACCCAUUUCACAUUUGACUAUGAGAAGGUAAACACUUUCAAUCUUAUCGCCGUGGCAAUGGAUGCAGGCAACUACUCUGCUACAGUCACAGUCCAGGUAUUUGUGACAGGUGAAGAUGAAUAUGACCCUGUUUUCACUAAUUCAGACUUUGCCUUUCAUGUACCUGAUGGUGCCAAGAAAGGGCAAAGCAUUGGCCAGGUGAUUGCUAAGGAUGAGGAUGGAGGGGUAGAUGGUAUUGUCCUAUACACUCUGGCAAACAGUUCUCCUUACUUUGAGGUCAACACAUCUACUGGAGUGAUAUCCCUGAAGAUGGAUGCCUAUCAUCGACAUGUUAGCCGGUCCAAAAGGGAGACACGUGAGAUGACAUUGGAUGUUAUUGCCCACAGUCCUUUAGAGAACUCACGCACAGCUUCUGCCCACAUCACCAUUGAUGUCACCAAUACAUCUUUUGGCUUGGCCAAAGACAUAAAUGUGGUUCUUGCCAGUACAAUAGCAGCUUCCUUUGCAGCCAUUGUGGUCUUGAUCAUAAUUGUUGUGGUGAUCUUUCUCUUGAGAUCCCAAAGGUUCAAAGAUCAAGAAACAAGCACCAGGGUAGUUACCCAUGGUACCGUUCUGCAAAACCUUGAAGAUUCGAAAGUUCCAGAUAGUGAUAAGCUCUACCAUCAGACCCUUGCUGGGUAUGCAGCUAAUCAGACCGGAAAUGGAGGUGCAGCCUAUACACGAGGUGGGUCACUUGAUCCAUCCCACUCAAGUGGACGGGGCUCAGCCGAAGCAGAAGCUGCAGAGGACGAUGAGAUUCGGAUGAUUAACGAGUAUCCACAAGUAUCCAGCAUUUCUUCCUCCAUGCAGGAACACAUAGCUGCUCGAGGGCCUGACUCGGGGAUCCAGCAAGAUUCUGAUCAGCUGUCUGACAUCUCCUGUGAGCCAGGGAUGGAUGCAAACCAUUGGUUUAAAGGGAAAAAGUUGGCAAGUUUAAGUGGAACACUAUUAGCAAGCCAGCUGCCAUCUUAUCGGGAUGAGGGAGGUGGGUAUCUCGGAGUUGGAAGUGGGCUUAACCUCUCACAUCCAAAAGAUUAUACUUUCCCAGAGGAUGGAAAGCCUGCUGUUGAUGGUUCUCUCACAGCAAUCAUUGCUAGUGAUGAGGAAAUGAGAGGCAGCUACAACUGGGAUUAUCUCCUCAACUGGUGCCCUCAAUUUCAGCCUCUGGCUAAUGUGUUCACUGAAAUUGCCAGAUUAAAAGAUGAGAAUGCGCCACCUAACCCUCGGCGGCCUUUUCAGCACAGAAUAAAGACUGAUCCUAAGCCUAGAAUUGACCCCCCUCCCCUUAUUACCUCUGUAGCUCAUCCAGGGGCCAAAACUGUUCUUCCAAAACCUGCUGUUGGGCGAACAUUUCCCCACUUUUCCUUACUGCGACGGUUGCCCAUUGACCAUGAUGGCUCUGUUUCCUCAAUAGCCAUGUCUCCAAGUUUCUCUCCGUCACUGUCCCCACUUGCUGCCCAUUCCCCAGCCAUCUCUCCUUACGGAGUCACGCAAGGUUACUCUUCCUCCAUUAUCAAUACCACUGAACACUCGUUAGAACACGAGGAGACAGAACUGAGGAUAUAACCCCUAAUUUUGUUGUAAAACACCUCACCAGAAUGCAUUUCCACCUGACUCAUGUACUCUAAAAAUGCCUCUGGCAUUGUCCUAAACAUCAUUUUGUGUAUCAUGUUGCCCUACUGGCUGGCCAGAGGUUUCAGAAUGUGGUGCGUUUGACACCUUUCUUCAGACUCUUUUCUAAAAAAGUUAAAACGGCUGUUGCGAAAUGCUGUUGUAAUGAUCAUGAACAUUAACAGACUUUAGGCCAGCAUCUGCACAUUAUAAAGGACAGUUAUUGGUUGAUGUCAAUGUUUUGUAAGAGAGAACAUUUCAUAUGUUUUUAUAUAUUUUUAUACUGGUGUUUUGUGUUGUUUAAAAAAUUGACAUGUCAAUAAGUUGCUAUAACCUGUGAUUUUAUUGACAUACAGUACAUUUAUAUGUGUAUAUUUGUGACAGUAAUAGUUUGUUUGUUAUGAAGGUUCAUUUUAGCUUAUUAACAGCAUUCUAAAGUGUUCUAAUUAUGUUCAGUAUAAAGCUCCUAAAUUGUUUGGUUUGCUGUUGCUAUUUAUGAAAAAGUUAUUUGCAAAAUGAAAAUACAUGGACAGUGUUCGGGAGGUUUCCUACAUGCUGCUCCCCCUCCCAUAGCUUGGCUAAAGGGGACAUAACUGAAACUUAUGAUACUAAAUAUAAAAACACGUUGACAAAUGUCCUUGUUUUGUUGUUGCAUUUUGCAAGGAUUUAAACAGCCAGUAACAAGUGUCUACUUAAUUUGUAUAUUCAAAUUGCCUUUUUUUAUUGUUUUGAAGUACUGAAGUAUAACAGCUGUAAUGCAAGAACACAAGCCAUAUGUACUGUAAUCCAAGAACUAUGUCAUGGCAGAUCUUAAUGAGUUGACACCAACAAAUAGUAAAACAAUUAACUGGAAAUAAUCUUUUCACAUUGUUAUUUUUGUUUUUAUAUGGAAGUUUUCUAUAACAAAAAUAAAUCUGCCACUAAUUACUCAAGGCCACUGAAAAUGGCUGAUAUUGAAAUAAAUAAGCUCUAAUAAUUUGAUAACAUAAUAUAUAUUUUUUUUGCUGGAUUUACAGUAUUGUUCUCCUUCACUGAAUGUUUUUUUUUUUUUUUUUGGUUAAAUACAGCAAAGUAUCCAAUAAGGUGUUAGAUUUGGCCCAAAUAAUGAAGACAAGUCCACUACUCUCUAGUCAUGGUACUGAAAUUUAUAGGUACAUUUUUGUAGCAUGUUUUACACAAUUCUGUGGUUAAAGAAUUGGUCAGUUUUGCUUAUUAUUAACAAAAUGCUGGAUUGUUUUCAUGUAUGUAAAUUACAUUGCUGGAUAAUGUUACUCCCAGAUUUGUUGGAAAAACACUGUUUGAUUUGAUUUUAGGGACAUCGUUGUUACUCCAAUGUAUAGUUUGCAUAUUUAAAAGUCAAAUGUUUAAAACAAAAUAAUGGCUGCAUUAGACAUUUUCAAAAAAUUCUCUUGGCAGAAUUAAUGUGUAGCCUUGACUUGAAGUGACUGCUUUUAUAUUACUUGCUUUGGACUAUUAUAGACCAUUGUUGCCAUAUGACUAUACUGCAUUUUUUUUUCUGUUAGAACCUUUUUCGUGCAGCCUUAUGCAUUUUUUGUUAUUAAAUGUUGAGUCUGUUUAAUUGUGAACAGACUUUAUUCUCAGAUGCCCAUGAAAAAAGGCUCAACUUUAUAAUUAAGAAAACCACUAAGCCUAUUCAAGAAAAAAGGAUUCUGUUUGUUAGUAAUUGUUGAAAUGUAGCUUUGUUUUGAUCUUUGUUUAGAUUUACAGGAGUAAAUCGUUAUUAAAGUUCACAUUUUUGUCUACCAUUUUUUGGGAGGUGUGCUAGAUUUGCUGGGAUAUGCUUGUCCCUCUCCUUUUUUAAGAAUCCUAUAUUUAUGACAGAUAUUUUGUUAUGUACACAAACGUUUCCUCAUGUUGUCACAUUAACUGUGAAGUAUGUUCAAUUCAUGCUGCCUUGAAAGAAAAUAAAUAAUGUU